AUGUCCUCCCCCUUCCCCGUCCCACAUCUCGCCCACCCCUCCCCCGCUUUUGCCCCCUCUCCCCUGUCCCAGUAUGUCGCCAACGCUCUAGCGGCAUCCUCUCUUGCCCCCGGGGCCACCCCCAACGCGUCCCUCGCACCAAUCGGCAUCUCUCCAAACUUUGGCCUGGGAUUGACCCCUCCCAAUCUAGGAUCUGUACCUGGGUCCGUACCGGCUCUCACUUUCUCAAAUUAUGGAGGGCAAGCGCCGGGAAUCGCAGGAGGACAGGCAGGAGAGGUGCUGGGAGACAGAGCGCAGAUGUUGCAUGGUCUGGCGAGCGCGGAGGGGCUCUUGGAUAGGAUGGAAGAGCUCUUGAAGGAGAUUGAGAAGGUCGAAAGAGGCGUGUUUGCUGAAGGAGAAGGCGUCGGCAAUUUGGAAAGUCUACAUAUCGAGUAUACCCAGCUUUUAGUAGCUCUGCUCGGAUCAUCUCAGUCUCAUCUCUUCGGGUCCCUCCCUAUUCUGCCCAAGUCACUGGAGAAGGAGAAUGAGGCUCAAGCGCCGACAGUACAGGAGUUGACGCAAUGGGCCGAGGAACGGGCGGCUCUCGAAUUCUCGAGGAAGGACGCUAUGCGGGCCGGGGGAAAGGCAGUGCUAGACGUGCUCAAGGCUGGUAGUCUGGCAAACAGAUAG